GGGAUAUUUAGCAUACUUCAUUGCUGCUAUGUGUCACAGGUAAGGCUGUUGGGCACUAUUAUGUGUCACAGUAAGGCUUAUGGACCCUAUUAUGAGUCACAUUUAAGGAUAUUAGGCCAUAACAUGUGUCACAUGUAAGGCUUUUGGGUCCUAAUAUGUGUCACGGUUAGGGCCUUUGGGCCCUAAUAUGUGUCACAUGUAAGGCUUUUUGGGCCCUGAUAGUGUCACAAGUGAGUCUUUUGGGCCCUAAUAUGUGUCAAAGGUAAGGGCUUUGUGCCCUAAUAUGUGUCCAGGAUAAGGCUUUUGGGCCCUAAUAUGUAUCACAGGAGUGGUUGUUUGAUCUUAAAAGGGAUAAUUUGUUAUUCUUUGUAUGGAUAUUUCAUGGUUUUCGGGCAAUUUUUGAAAGUGCAAAACUUUGUUAAAAUAACAUUCUGUAAAUACAAAUGAUAACUGAAUUGUUAAAACAAAUCAUCAAGAUGACACAUUCAUUUCAAGAGCUGCACUUACAUUUAGGGAUGAUAAUCUCAGAAAUACAACGGGAAAAAUAACUAGACUAUAGCUUGGUUCCAUUGCUCAUUUAAAAUUCCUUCUACCAGAAGUUGACGCUGCUAUUUUUCAGCCCAGGGUAUCCAAGCUUCUAUUACAUUUUCACACUCCGCGAAUCUUUUGGCUCUCUCACCACCCUAAGCAUUGUUUGACCCUCAAACCCCCUACGAAAUUCUUAACUCUCACACCCACGACAAAAUGCUUCUCUCUCACACUCACAACGAAAUGCUUAACUCACACAUCCCCUACCCAUUGUUUGAAUCGUAUACUCCUUACAAGGGUAGCAAUGAAUUUUAAAUUCAACAGAAAAAGACUUCUAGUUUUUAUUGAAUUAAAAACAAUAAUUCCACAGCCUAGCAUAAAUUAUUUUUUAACCUAACACGCAAAGUAAAACGUUAAUGAAGAACUACACGCUUUAGAAAAAGUCUAUGCUAUAACUUAUGAGUCAAUGGCUCCUUUGUUCUAAUCAUCAUAUUUCCUCAAAUCUUCUGAAAUGUCGUCUCAAUCCCAUGGGGUACGACCACCCCAGGUUCGGAAACCCUGAUUUAGACAAUAUCUUAAUGAUCGUAAAAUUAACUUUACAAUACUUUAUAGAUUUAUACAUAUAUAUUUAUUAGGUUUGACGAUGAAGGCUCACACAGAUUGCUUGGUUGCACAAUACUGGGUGUUGUCAUAGCAACCAGAAGCUACAUAAGAUACGGUUUCAAUGUCUUCCUGGAAAAGGUCACAGGGUCAAGUUCACUCACACCAGUGUGGAAAAAACGUGAAAACACAGCCAGAUUCUUCUUGCGUUGGUCAGUACACUAGCAAUUCUUCCCAUUGAGAUUAACAUUGUGACUAACUGGGAGAUUAACAUGGGGACUACCUGGGAGUUUAACGCAGUGACUAUCUGGGAGAUUAACAUUGUGACUACGUGGGAGAUUAACCUAAUGACUACCUGGGCGUUUAACUUAGUGCCAACCCUGGAGAUUAAAAAAGUGACUGGUUUUUUUAUACAGUUUUAUAAAUUAUAAAUAAAUAUGGCUUUACCGGUUGCAGUUUUUUCUUACACCGGGUCAAAUUAUUUUGAGAAAAUACCCAGUGGGCCCAAGUGUUCCAAAAAAUAGUUAUAUUUUCAUUUUCUAUAAUAUAUAUUUCUUCCUAUAGACAACAGGCCAUCAGAAAGUCCUGCACCCUCCUUUUGACCUUUCAACAGUAGUUCUAUAGACAGUUUUACAGACAAUCCUACGGAAUACCGGUGGCUCUUGAUUAAUGUAAUAGUCGCCUUUCCUGAAAGAAAGGAAUUACAAUAUAAAACAUGUGGAGGUUGUGGAAGGGUCAGUUUGAAGAGGAAGCAGGCCAUACCAGAAGCAAAAUGUCUAUAAGAGAUUGUUAUUAAUAUCUUCUUCUUCUUUAUUUUAAGGGCCCACGAUCAAUGAAUUGAUCAUUCUGGCUCCAAUAUCUUAUAUAUUUGAUGAAGAUUAUUUUCAAAAGAGACCGCGAUGUUAAAUAUUAUUUGUGCUCGGUUAAAGUCUGUUUUUGACAUCAGUCUUAAGUAUAAAAAGUGUUGGGGUCGAAGUCAGUUUGGACAUCAGUCUUAAGUAUUAGCUGUGUUGGAUUAAAUUCUGUUUGGACAUGUCUUAAGAAUCAGAUGUGCUUUGUUAAAAAAUGUUUUGGACAUCAGUCUUAAGUAUUAGCUGUGGUGGGUAAAAGUCAGUUCCAUCUGACGUCAUUUCGUUCAUUUAAAGAGGAAUAAACAUUUAAAGCCACAUGUUUUGUUUAAUGAACUGUACAGAUUUACUCUUGACCCGUAUAUAAUCUCUCAUGGCUCUCUUUUCUCCUUACAAUAUUCGAACAAAAACAACACUUUUCAAGCAGUCUAUUUUAACGUGUUCUUAUUUUUUCUAAUGUCAUUAUUUGUUAAUCUUAACAAUAACGAUUCUUCAAGCUGCUCAUUUCUCUAAUAAUUAAUGAACUCUAGCGAUUUUUUAGCUCAAUUUAUAUUUUAGGUUUCAAUAGCAACCACUUAUCUCCCCAGUGAGAGUUUUUUCCAAAUGCUUCUAUGACCAAACCUUUACUUGUCUUAUAGGCUCAUGUACGGCGCUUGUACAGGGGUCAUGGUCUGGGUGAUCGUGGACAAGGCCAUUAAAGAGCCCAACAACUUGAGAUCCCUGCCUGGGAUCGUCAUCAUUAUGUUCAUAUGUCUGUGUUUCUCAACGGCCCCCAAUAAGGUGAGGCUUAUGUGGCUUAAUGUCGACUUGAUUAAUGUCACUAAUGUCACUAGUGACACAUUGUCAGCUCAACAUUUAAUUACCGUACUUAAUAUGUCAAAGCCUUUAAGCUGAUUUGUAUGUUCCUCAUAACAUUAUUCAAUACCAAAAAUGAAAUUUUAUUAAAGAAGUAAGCAGAAUUUAUUAGAGCAGCGGUUCUCAACCUGUGGAUCGAGACCCCUUUGGGGUCGAAUAACCCUUUCACAUGUGUCGCCUAAGACCAUCAGAAAACGCAUAUAUAUGAAGUAGAAAAGAAAAUUUAUUUUAUGGUUGGGGUCACCACAACACAAGUAACUGUAUUACAUUUUUCGCGGCAGUAGGAAAGUUAAGAGCCAUCGCCUUAAAGGAUGUCGGACCACAGUUUGAAAUUCCUAAUGCUGUCGUAUUUCAAAAUAAAAUAUAUAGAACUCUUUUUAAAUCUCUUUUUACUGUUCAUUAUUUGAGUUUUACAACAUCAAAACUUCUUAGUGACACUUAACACUUAUCAUCUACAGUUAUGUCUUUAAAGACAUUUUUUUAACCAAGGUUAAACACAUGUGUGUACUAGGUUGGUUAAUUCAUCAAGUUCUUGUACACUUUGUAAUACGCGGUAUCAACUGAAUCGACUCAAAUCCCUUUUCAUUAUCAAUGCAACAUUAAAUGUAAAUUCACUGACUUUUAAUUCUAUAUACACAUGUUUGGCGCAGCUCACUAACGGAGAUAAAUAAAACACAACCUCCUUUCACACAAAGUUCCAUUCACGACUUCCAAAACAGACUAGACAAAACUUCCCAAUAAGCAUACAAAUUCGUCACCAAAUCAAGUUGAAGAAAAGCGUUCACUAACUAAUUAAUCUUUCCAAAAGACAUCGCGCAUACUCAAACAUCAUAGCCGGUCGCAACAAUCAUUAAAAAAACUCACGUACUCGACAGUAAUCUUAUUUUCUUUUCCCAACUGAAGGUCAACUACCACACGAUAUUCUGGAGUGUCGGUCUUCAGUUUCUGCUCUCCCUUUUCAUACUGAAUUGGAAAACCGGUAAAGACGCCAUCUGGUGGCUGCAGUCUAGGAUAGACGAGUUCUUUCACAACUCCGAGGAUGGUUCAAAACUUAUGUUUGGACAAAAUUACAAGGAACAUUACAUGAUAUUUGGGGUAUGUUUCUUUGGCAUUGUGAACAAAUUACAAGGAACAUUACAUAAUAUUUGGGGUAUGUUUCUUUGGCAUUGUGAACAAAUUACAAGGAACAUUACAUAAUAUUUGGGGUAUGCUUCUUUGGCAUUGUGAACAAAUUACAAGGAACAUUACAUGAUAUUUGGGGUAUGUUUCUUUGGCAUUGUGAACAAAUUACAAGGAACAUUACAUGAUAUUUGGGGUAUGUUUCUUUGGCAUUGUGAACAAAUUACAAGGAACAUUACAUGAUAUUUGGGGUAUGUUUCUUUGGCAUUGUGAACAAAUUACAAGGAACAUUACAUGAUAUUUGGGGUAUGUUUCUUUGGCAUUGUGGAGAAAUUACAAGGAACAUUACAUGAUAUUUGGGGUAUGUUUCUUUGGCAUUGUGGAGAAAUUACAAUGAACAUUACAUGAUAUUUGGGGUAUGUUUCUUUGGCAAUGUGGAGAAAUUACAAGGAACAUUACAUGAUACUUGGGGUAUGUUUCUUUGGCAUUGUGAACAAAUUACAAGGAACUUUACAUGAUAUUUGGGGUAUGUUUAUUUGGCAUUGUGAACAAAUUACAAGGAACUUUACAUGAUUUGGGGUAUGUUUCUUUGGCAUUGUGAACAAACUACAAGGAACAUUACAUGAUAUUUGGGGUAUGUUUAUUUGGCAUAGUGAACAAAUUACAAGGAACAUUACAUGAUAUUUGGGGUAUGUUUCUUUGGCAUUGUGAACAGUUUUUUCUCUAGAGUUUGUGACAUCCGGGGAGUGUCUACAUAUUUAACAGCCGUGAAGCACGAAAAGUACAAACAUAAAAAAAAAACACAUACAAUUGAAGCAACAUGUUGGAGCCUAUUAAAUGGGCUAGUUAUGUAUGUGAAUGGAUGAGUAUUAAAUGAAUUACGGCGGGUACUAAAUGUAACAUGAUGAGUACUUAAUGUUAUAUUGUUGUCAAGGAUCUUAAACAAAUUGUAUCGAUUCGGCUAUGAGUGCAGGGGGGCGAUAAAGAUGAAGAGGAUGGCAGAUACCUGAAGGUAUUAAAGUGAAGAGACUGGCACAUACCUUGACUCGACUUACCAGGUCACCAGUUCUAACGACACUUUUGUUUGUCUGUAUCAGCUGCCAGGAAAAGGGGGGGGUGGCAUGUGGCCACUUAAGGAAGUAUCAUAUUUAAUAUAACGAAAUUCCAGAACUUAUAAUUUAGCAGGUUUCAUUGAAAAAAAUUUGAUCAUCUCCUCCAGAUGGACUAUUGUCCGAAAUUUUUAGAAAUAAAAACUAAAUAAAACACGGACAGUUUCCUGUAAUACUUGAAUGAUAUUUUAAUCACGUCAUGGUUUAAUUUGUAAGUCCUGGAUAAGUCUCAUUCCCGGCAAUAAGAACGUGAUCAUUAGAAAUUUUUCAAAGCAUACUCUUUUUUUCCAAUGCAAAUUUUGCUGAAGAAUAAAAUUAUAACUUGGGGUCUGGACAUAAUUAAAGUAUUUGUCAUUGAAGUAUCUAUUUGUCAUAAAAGUAUUCGUCAUAAGAGUAUUUGUCAUAAAAUUGUUUGUGAUUGAAUGUAAAUCUUUUAUUUUCUUCGUCUGGCUAAAAUUUUAAAUCUGUCGCCGCAAUGAAUUCAAAAUGUGAACUUAAAAAUCUUUGAUGGGUAAUAUAUGGACAUACAACUUACUGUGUCGAAGAUAGAGACCGACCGAAAGUGAUUUUCUGAUUUCGGCCGAAGCCGAAAAUAGGCCAAAAGUUUAAAAUGACAUUCGGCCUAAAAUUUUAAGGUUGUUCAAGCGGAACAUACGACAUUUUGGGAGUACCUAUCUGUGUGAAUAGCUCUUUCCCACUAUGCCCUUUAACAAGUCAAAGUUCAGGGCCAUACUUACUGAUGAGGAUCUUCAAGCUAUACUGAGGGUCUCAGUUGCUUCCUCACUCAAGCCAAAGCUGCUCAUCCUGUGUAAAAAGAAGCGCUGCCAGGUCUCUGGCAACAGUGAGUAGGUGCAAGAAAGUAAAUCCUAGUUCUUGAGAACCCUUAAUGUUUUUAUUGUUAUUUAUAAAGGUUGAGCAGAUGGUAACAGUUGUAAUCGCUUUUUUUUACCACCUGUGGCCCCCUUGAAAAAUUGAGUUUGAGAUCUUUGAUCUAAUGAAUACUUUGGAUUUUACCAUUUUAAUAUAAAAUAAUUUAAAUUGCUUUACAAUUUUUUUUUAAACUAGUGUGGUAGGAGAAAAAUUGGCAAAAAUUUAGGGGGGGGCGGCAAAAUUAAUGCAAAAAAGACUCUUGAGAGCCUUUGCAGAUCAUUGCUGUUAUAAUGUAAUUACAACCUAAAACAUAGACCUAAAACAAAUACUGUGGCUCUAAUAGAGCCAACUGCCAUCAAAAUAUAUGUUAUCGAGGCUAUAAAAAUAUCACCACGAUGUUUCGCUGUUUUCGUAAUACUAAUGCCUUGUGUUUUCAUAAACAGCUUGCAAGAUAUCACUGUAUUAAUAUUCAACCUAGUAACAACACACUAGUCUUUCCGUGCUGGUGACGUAAUUAUUUCGUUCGGAAACUAACCUCCCUCAUCACAUCGCUUUAUUUGAUUUUAAAGAUCGCUUAGUUUGUUCUUAAAGAUCAUUUAGUUUGUUCUUAAAGAUCGUUUAGUUUGUUUUUAAAGAUCGGUGAGUUUGUUCAUAAAUAUUGCUUAGUUUGUUUUAAAAAUAUCGCUUAGUUUAAUCUUAAAGAUCGCUUAAUUUGUUCUUAAAGAUCGUUUAGUUUGUUGUUAAAGAUCGUUCUGUUUUUUGUUAAUGAUCGCUUUAUUUGUUCUUAAAGAUCGGUUAGUUUGUUCAUAAAGAUCGCCUGGUUUGUUGUUAAAGAUCGUUUAGUCUGUUCUUAAAGAUCGCUUAGUUUAUUUUUAAAGAUUGUUCAGUUUUUUUGUUAAUGAUCGCUUUAUUUGUUCUUAAAGAUUGGUUAGUUUGUUCAUAAAGAUUUAUAGUAUGUUGUUAAAAAUCGUUUAGUCUGUUUUCAAAAAUCACUGUUUGUUCAUAACGAUCGCUUAGUUUUUGUUUAAAGAUCUUUUAGCUUGUUCUUAAAGAUUGCUUACUUUGUUCUUAGAGAUCAUUGAUUUUGUUCUUAAAUAUCGAUAAGUUGUUCUUAAAGAUCAUUUUUUAAAAUAUAUCUUUGAGUUUGUUCUUAAAGAUCGCGUAUUUUGUUUAUGAAGAUCGCUUUGUUUUUUCAUAAAAAUCGCUUAGUUUGUUUUUAAAGAUAUUUGAUUUUGUUCCUCAAUAUCGAUUAGUUUGUUCUUAAAGUUCUUUUGGUUUGUUCCUAAAGAACAUUUAUUUUUCUGUUAAAGAUCACUUAGUUUAUUCUUUUAAAUCAUUUAGUCUACUAUUAAAGAUCAUUUGUUUUGUUCUUAAAGACCAUUUAGUUCAUUUUUAAAAAUCGUUUGGUUUGUUUUUAAAGAUCGUUUAUUUUGUUCUUAAAGAUCGCUUAGUUUGUUAUAAAGAUCGUUAAGUUUGUUCAUAAAUUUCGCUUAGUUUGUUGUUAGAUAUCGUUUAGUUAGUUCUCAAAGAUCGCUUUAUUUGUUCUUAAAGAUCGCUUUAUUUGUUUUAAAAGAUCAUUUAGUUUCUUCUUAAAGAUAGCUUAAUUUGUUCUUAAAGAUCGUUUAGUUUUUUCUUAAAUAUCGUUUAGUUUGUUGUUAAAUAAUAGUUUCGCUAAGCAUUAGAUGACCGAAAAAGUCUAAGUCAAUUUCGGCCGAAACCGAAAAUAAACCGAAAAUUAACUUUCUUCUUUAGCCCGGAACAGAAAUUAAGCCGAAAGUUAACUUUUCAGUUUCGGCCGAAACCGAAACUUGGCCGAAAGUGACAAAAUGGCCACUUUCGGAGCCGAAACCGAAGCCGAAGCCGAAAUUCGGUCGGCAUCUAGUCGAAAACUACCUGACAUGAUUCACCGAAAUAUAUACCCAAUAAUUUAUGAAAAUACUCGUCUCUUUCAAUGCAAGACAUUUAGCACAUUUAUAAGAAGUAAUUAUUUGAAGGAAAAUAAUUACUGAUUUUUUUUUUUUAAAUGAGUUUUUCCGGUUACUUUAUACGUUUUUUCUUUAAGACUAUAAGUAUUGAGUAUUUCCCGUCAUUUUUUUCAUGGGUAUGUGCUAGAAUAACAUACCAUGUCAUUAUUGCAAUUUAUUAUCUUACUUUGUUCCCAAGCUUAUCAUUUAUAAACUAUUUAUUCGCAUUAAACCUUUGUUCCCCCAUUCAGGCGAUGCCUCUGCUUUUCUUCACCAACGGGAUGAUGACGCUGCUGUACUACUGUGGCGUCAUGCAGUUCAUCGUCACGGUUUUCGGGAAUUUCCUCAACUUCAUCCUCGACGCGUCACCUGUUGAAUCCAUGGUCGUAGCUGCUGGGACCUUCAUGGAAGGGGUAAGACGAACAGAUUCACUUUCUUUUGAUAAGCGUCAGAUUAAGUUUACGAGCUAAAAUAUGAAACGUGACCCAUCAAGAUGAGGAGAAUAAAAAAAAAUGUUUUUUUUUUGCAACAGAAGUGAUGUCACCUGAGUACAUUUUGAAAAUUCCUUUAAUUUCAUUUCUUUAACAAAGACUUUGAAAUGCGGAUCAUUUUGUAAAUCUCCACAUUUCCUAGCAAUUUUAAAGCUGCUAAAUGAUUGGUAUGAAGGAGAAAUAGGGGGAAAAAAUUAAUGCAGAUAUGAAUGAAGAAACGUGUGACAAAAUCAUAAGGGGUUGGGGAGGGGAGGCAAAAGUGAUAAGGGAUACCGUUCACAUGGUUCCUGUUUGUUCACAUGGUUCCUGUUUGUUCAUAUGGUUCCUUUUCGUUUACAUUGUUCCUGUUUGUUCACAUUAUUCAGGACUGUUCACAUUAUUCCUGUUUGAAUCCCAUUAUUCAUGUUUUUUCGCAAUAUUCCUGUUUUUUUCCCAGUAUUUCUGUUUGUUCCCAUUAUUCCUGUUUGUUAAAAAAAAACUGUUACAGUUAUAAAAUAAUUUUAAAAAGUGUAAAUUUGUUUUUUUGUGUGUAGCAUAUUAACCUUUGAAAAUCUCUCAUCCUUCUCCCAUAGGGCUAGAUCUUAACCUUCUCCCAUACGGCUAGAUCUCACUCUUCUCCCAUUUGGCUAGAUCUCCUUCUUCUCCCAUAGAAACAGAUCUCAUCCUCCUCCCAUACGGUUAGAUCACAUCCUUCUCCCCUAGUGCUAGAUCUCAUCCUUUUCCCAUAAGGCUAGAUCCUAACCUUUCCCAUAUGGCUAGAUCUCAACCUUUCCCGUAGGGCUAUAUCUCAUCCUUCUCCCAUACGGCUAGAUCUCAUCCUUUUCCCCAUAGGAUUAGAUCUCAUCUUUCUCCCAUACGGCUAGAUCUUUCUCCCAUAAGGGCUAGGUCUUAUCAUUUUUCAAUACGAUUAGAGUCAUCCUUCUGCCGUAAGGCUUGAGUACAUACAUACUAGAGCUGCGCAUGAUUAGCCACAUCAGGCCCUUCCUAACAAUUGAUGCAACAAAGAGGCUGAUGUCUGCAUUUGUGCUAUCACGCAUGGACUAUUGCAAUUCUCUCAUGGUGGGUCUUCCAGCUAUGCUCCUUGAUAAAAUUCAGAUAGCACAGAAUAAUGCGGCUCGAAUUGUUCUCCGCAAAAGCAAGUUCGACCAUGCAAAAACACUUCUGAGAGAGUUGCAUUGGCUGCCGGUGCGUGCUCGCAUAGAGUACAAAAUCGCAACUUUGUGCUACCGCUGUCUACAUGGCCUGGCGCCGUCCUAUCUGAAAGAGCUGCUGACGCCUUAUGUACCCACUAGACAACUCCGCUCAUCCGACAGUGGCAAACUCUUGACACCACGUGUUCGCCUUGAGACUUGCGGAAAGCGCACUUUCGCAUUUGCUGGUCCAACAAUUUGGAACGCCCUUCCACUCGAUCUCAGAAACAUCCAGACACUGGAGUCCUUUAAAACCGAUUUAAAGACACAUUUAUUUCGCAAACACCUUCUGGGAUGAUUGUCUACCAUAUUUUCCAUUUAAUGCAUAUUAGCUGUGUUGCUCACGGUUGAAAUGGGUUGAAAGACUUUGACAUUGUAUGCUUGUAAUUAGUUUUUGUAGUGUUGCGUUUGUUUUAAAUGUGGUAAAUUAUAGAUUUGUUUUUUAAUGACUUUGUACCGCGCUUCGAGCCUUUGGGGAUGAAGCGUGUUUUUGAAAUGAACUUUAUUAUUAUUAUUAUUACUUUUUCCAACUGGACUAGAGGUGGUCUUUCUGCCAUAAAAAUUAAAGUAGGAACACUGACCUUACCCAAAUCUUGGCUCUACUCCAUGAAGAGGACCAGGUAACCAUUAUUACAUGUAGCAUAGUGAAUGUCAGCUUGUAUAUUUCAUCAGUUCACGGCGCUGACAGCGUUUCGGCCUUAUCUGAAGUCGCUGACAAAGUCGCAGUUGUUCCUAGUGAUCACGUCUUGCUUUUCUUCCAU